AUGAAAGCAAUAGAAAUGUUCUGUUCUUCCCCUGCUUCAACAGCAAUAAUACAAACUAGUAUUGAUCAACGUUCUAUGCUACGUCGAAGCAGAAGCACCAAAACCUACGAUCAUGAUAGAAGGAAAAGCCAAUAUCAACUUCAUCAAGUUCCUUGUUUAUCUCAAUUACCUAUCAAUCCUAAACCUUACUUUGAGAAGCAUAGAAAGAGUUCAUCUUCAGCAGAUAAACAAAGCAGUACUACUGAUCUUACACGUAGAAAAAGCUCAGUUGAUCAUGUCAAUGAUUCGUCUUCAACAAGAUAUCUUCUCAAUGAUACGCCGUUCGUCGAUUGGGUAUCUGAAUCCAACAAAAUAUCGGUUCCUCAGUGUAAUGCUAUAGACAUGUCCAAUGAUAUGAAAGCAUUGAAAAGCAACGAUUCACAUGCUCUUACUCUUAGCUCCAGUUCUUCGGCUAUCUCCUCCAAGGACCAGGUUGUGGUUUUGAGGGUGUCAUUGCACUGCAAAGCCUGUGAAGGAAAAGUGAGAAAACAUAUCUUAAAAAUGCAAGGAGUGAGAUCAUUCAGCAUAGAAAUGGAGAAAAAGAAAGUAACAAUAAUUGGAGACGUGACGCCAUUAGGUGUACUGACAAGUGUAUCCAAGGUGAAAAGUGCACAGUUAUGGCAGUCUACAACAUCAGCAGUAUCAUCAUCUUCUUCUAGGAUGCACUAA